UGAAAUACUAAUACUUAGCAUUGCUUAGGCAAAUAUACCAUCAAUCAAGAGAAAAGAGAAGAGAUAUAUAGAUUUCCGUCCACUGCUUUUCCGUCAAAUAUAUCUCUGUGCUUACGAAGAGAUGAUUUGUCUCAAAACUAGACAUUUUAACGUCAAUCGAAUCCUGCUGCUUGCCGUUGGUUUGUGGCCUUACCAACGAUCGCGAGUCGUUGAACUUCAGUCAAUUUUAUUCCUUGGCACUCUGAUAAUUUUCAUUAUAUUCCAAUUUACCACAUUCUUGACGUCAAAAUGUACUCCAGAACAUGUUCUCAAAAUUAUUUCUACCACAUUUUUCUUUACAUGCUAUGUGAUCAAAUAUAAUUCGUUUUGGAUUAACGCCGAUAUUAUAAAGAGUUCGCUGGAUCGGCUUCAAGAUGUAUGUAACGAGCUAAGAGAUGAGAAAGAAAUCGCUAUUCUGAAAAAAUACGGAAACAAGGCGAAACGUUACACAACUGCAAUUAUACUGAUUGGUACAUAUGGCACAGCUACAUUUACUGCUAUGCAUAUUUGGACGUACAUUCAACACAUUGGUCUGCCUAAAAACGAGUCUCGAUUAAAUCCUUCAGAGUAUUUCAUGACAGAAUACUUUAUUGAUCAAGAAAAAUAUUUCUACUUAAUCACGUUGCAUGUAUUAGCAACCAUUUACAUAGGGGCUGUCUCAAUGAUGGCGACAGGAACUAUGCUCGUUGCAUAUCUUCAACAUAUCUGCGGAAUAUUUGGUAUCGCCAGUUAUCGAAUCGAACAAGCAAUCAAUAUUUUACAAAAAGACAUCCUAAAGAGUGAGGACAUGGUUUAUAAGGAGAUUACUUAUGCCGUAGAUAUUCAUCGCAAGGCUAUGGAGUUCACGGAUUUUUUAAUAUCAAAUUUUGAGGGAUCAUUCUUCUUCUUGAUAGCAAUCGGCGUGACUUGUCUUAGCCUUAAUCUUUUUCGGCUUGCGUCAUAUAGUGAUGAAAUUGAUAAACUUCUUAUACCUUUUAUAAUAAUAAACAUCCUCUACGUGUACUUGUUCUUAGCCAACCAUACUGCGCAAGAAAUUACGGAUCACAACGAAUAUCUAUUUGCCACAGUAUACAACGUUCAGUGGUACACAGCUCCGUUACAUAUACAGAAAAUAAUAUUGUUUCUACUGCAAAAAGGCACAAAACCUUUUUAUAUAAAUCUCGGUGGAAUAUUUGUGGCGUCUCUAGAAAGUGCGGCUAUGCUGAUGAGUACUUCAAUAUCCUAUUUUACUGUUCUCUAUUCUACGAGGGAGAAUUAAGAGUAUGAAUUAAUGACGAUAAAAUAAAAUUAGUUUUAAUUUGGAAGCGAGAGAAUGAAAAGGGGACAGUGAAGUUGUUUGAAAUAAAUAUUGGGACUAUUUUGAUCUCGCAUUUUAGGUAAUCUGUGUUGAAGUAUUAGUAAUUCUGUGAAGGGAGAAUAUUAUUAUUUAAGUGAGAAAUCGGAAUUCUACAUUGUAAAAAUUGCAGAAUGUUGAAAACGUUGCGUACAAUAAAAC